CGAUUUCUCGAAUUUCAUCGAUCCGAGCUGCCGUGCUCGUUACUCGUGGAAUAUAUUCGCGACCGAGCCGCCCGCGAGAACGGUCGCACGAUCCACCAUUAAAUCCGCACGUCGGUCCUACAGGACACGUUAUCCCGGUCUCCCCGUGAAUCGAUCAUGAACAUCGAGGGUAAAAUCGCGCUCGUCACCGGCGGAGCAAACGGGAUCGGCUUCUGCACCGCCCGAAAACUUCUUCGGAACGGAGCGAAGGCAGUGGCUCUGUUGGAUUUAAACGACUCCGGAGGCGAAAGCGCAGCUGCCGAUCUAAACAAUGAAUUCGGGAAAGAUCGCGCGAUCUUCAUCGCCUGCGAUGUCUCCAAGAGCGAACAACUUAAAGAAUCGUUCAAGAAGGUAGUCGAGUCAUAUGAAACGCUAGACAUUGUUGUAAACAUCGCGGGCAUUAUGGAUGACGCGGAUUGGGAAAUUAUGGUGGAUGUAAAUUAUAAGGGCAUUGUUCAUGGUACGAUUUUGGGGUUGCAAACCAUGGGCAAGUACAAGGGCGGCAAUGGCGGCACUAUCGUGAACAUGUCCUCCGUGGCUGGACUGGAAGGGAUACCGAUCGCACCGAUCUAUGGUGGAACGCAGUACGCGAUCGUUGGGUUCACUCAAUCGUUGAAGCAUUAUUAUGAGAAAACCGGAAUACGUAUGUUGACGAUAUGCCCUGGACUUACGACCACCGCUAUGGCUGCCAGAUUUAUGUCUACUAAAGAACACGCCAUGGAUCUACUUGACGAGGAAACCGCGGCUUUAGCGAUGGCCAACAUGCAGAAGCAACCGCCUGAACAUGUGGCGAGCGCCAUAAUACAAUUAAUCGAGAACGGAAAGAACGGUGCGAUAGUCGUCAGCGAGAACAAUCAAGAACCGUACACCAUUGAAUUCCCUAGUUACACCACCCUGAAGGUGCCAGCAUAAAUGUCACCGGAAAUACUAAAAUUUCACUAUUUAAAAUUGAACCAACUUUAACUUAAAAUACUCCAAAAUACUCUUUAUAUUCGAAAUUUUGUUAAAAUACUCUGAAAGUAUUAGGUUAAUCGAAGAAUCUUGUCGUUUUACACUUCAAUCUGGCGUUUAUAUUAUAAUGUGCGAAUAAAUAUUGCCGGCAAGUGAAUUAAAAGACAGUAGUAGGUUUCUACGUAAAAAAUUCAAUGCGCAAUCCAAUAAUUUAAUUCAGCGAAGUGAUAUUUUUGUAAAACUUCGUUGAAAAGUGCGAUAAGAUUUUAUGGCUAACUUAAUACAUGACCACCUUUCGAGAGUUCUAAUACAGUGGGUUCUCGUGCGACCAAAAUCAUCGACAUUUCCUAUUUCAUUCGUUAUUUUAUUUAUUACAAUUGCAGUGAUACAAUCAAAAGUUUCUUAUAAAACUUAAAAGACACACUACGGCGACAUCUUGAAUUCAUGCGUUGAAUAUCUUAAAAAUUCAUUUUAGAGAAUACGUAUCGACUGUAAAAUUAUGGAAGUCACAAAGAGUUGUAGUUUCAAUUAAUCCAUGUAUGAUAAUAAUAUUUUAUUAUCACUCUGUUAUAAGUAUUCAAUAGUUUGUGUAAGAUGAAAGCCUGCCUCUCUUAUAUUCGCGCUGAUAAUUUUAUUAUUAUCGUUUAGUUGUACUUUAAUAUUUUUUAGUAUUAUACAAUUAUAUCAAUGGGAUAUUAAUAUCCAAUAAACAUAAGAAAUUAUUUAA